AGAAAGUCAGCGGCAACACAAAAAGGUAGAACCGUUGGGUAGUUCAACCAGUUGGUGCGAGGUACUCGAACGCGACGGUACAAGUCUCUUUUUGAACGUGGAAAAGUCAGUGAAAACGAAACCGUACGAUCUUCUGAACUUCAAAAGUACAAAAAAAGGUUAGCAGCUAACUAGCUGUGCGAAGGCCAGUGUUCAAUUUGGCAAAUUACAUAUUUUGCCAUAAAAUAAUUCAUGCUUAUCCAUCUAUUAUAACAAAACGAAAUUUUAUAAAUAAAAAGCCAAGUGUGUUGGGUGUUGAAUCCUGCUUUGGAGUUCAAGAUGGCAGAUAAUGACAAUCAUCCUAUGGAUGAGUUUUGUGGCUCAAAAUUUUGGAAUGCAAAUGAGACUUGGUGGACCACUGAUCCAGAUUUUACAAAAUGCUUUGAGAAGACAGCUCUAGUGUGGGGCCCCUGUGUAUUUUUGUGGGCUUUCUCCGUAUUCGAUUUUUACUACCUGAAAGCAAGUUUAGAUAAGAACAUCCCAUGGAAUAAACUUAAUAUUAGCAAAUUGGUUUUGAAUAGUGCUUUGCUAAUACUUUCGGCAAUCGAUUUUGUAUUCGCAUUAGUAAAGAGUGGUGAUGAGGCUACAGCCUCGUUAAUCCACCCUGUUGAUAUCUGGGGUCCUAUUAUAAAGUUUGCCACUUUCUUGUUGCUAUUCAUCUUUAUACCGCUGAAUCGCAAAUAUGGUGUGCAAACAUCUGGCACACAAUUUCUUUUCUGGUUCCUGCUUGUGAUAUUCGCAAUACCUCAAUGCCGCACCGAAGUGCGAGCUAAUAAUGAGCGAAGUAAAAUACUGAACUCUGACAUUGCAGAUAAACCCGACUAUUCGUGGGAUGAAUAUAACUAUGUUAGCUUCAUGAUUUACUUCGCCUUUUCUUGCGCAAUGCUAUUUUUGAAUUGUUUUGCCGAUGCCAUGCCCAGAGAAACUAAAUACAAACGAACGAAUAACGAAAUACCGGAGAGCUCGGCAAGUUUCUUGUCCCGCGUAACAUACACCUGGUUCGAUGGUAUGGCAUGGAAAGGUUACCGCCAACCAUUGGAGGAGAAAGAUCUCUGGGAUCUACGACCACAAGAUAGCUGCAGAGAAAUUAUGCCAAUAUUCGCGUACUAUUGGAACAAAAGCGUGCACAAGAACUAUCAGACCCAAACACCACCACAGCCCAAGGCACAAUAUAGUAAUGGUAAAGUUGAAUUUGAAAACCCGCAUGGACGUUCAACUGGAAAGAAGAAGGUUACAUCUAUUAUGCCACCAAUUAUCAAAUCAUUUGGAGGAGUAUUUUUAUUCGGUGCUCUAAUGAAAUUUAUCUGCGAUGUGCUAACAUUUGCGCAACCUCAAGUGCUUAGUUUGAUUAUUAGUUUUGUGGAAGAUUAUGCUGACGAAGAGGUCGAAAGACAACCCGAGUGGAAGGGUAUCUUUUACUCUGCCCUCCUAUUCAUUAGUGCAGCUGCACAAACAUUUAUUUUGGGACAAUAUUUCCAUCGCAUGUUCGUCGUUGGUUUGCGCAUACGUACCGCACUUAUAAACGCGAUCUACCGCAAAGCGCUAGUCAUCUCGAAUGCCACACGCAAAGAAUCGACAGUGGGCGAAAUUGUAAAUCUAAUGGCUGUCGAUGCGCAACGUUUUAUGGAUUUAACAACAUAUUUGAAUAUGAUAUGGUCAGCACCGUUACAAAUUGCGUUAGCCAUGUACUUUUUAUGGCUCCAAUUGGGCCCCUCUGUGUUGGCCGGUCUUGCCGUGAUGAUCAUUCUCAUUCCCGUUAAUGGUGUGAUAGCCAAUCGCAUUAAAGUCUAUCAAAUCAGACAAAUGAAAUACAAGGAUGAACGUGUUAAAUUAAUGAAUGAAGUGUUGGGCGGCAUUAAGGUACUUAAACUAUAUGCUUGGGAGCCAAGCUUCGAGAAUCAAGUGCUGCAAAUUCGUGACAAGGAAAUAGAGACUCUAAAAGCUACAGCAUACCUCAACGCCGGUACCUCGUUCCUAUGGUCAUGUGCGCCCUUCUUGGUGUCAUUGGUCACAUUCGGUACAUAUGUUUUAAUUGAUGAAAACAAUGUGCUCGAUGCAACUAAAAUAUUCGUUUCAUUAUCAUUAUUCAACAUUUUGCGCUUUCCAUUAAUAAUGUUGCCCAUGUUGAUAACCAACAUGGUACAAACUCAAGUUUCUGUGAAACGUAUUAACAAAUUCAUGAAUAGCGAGGAAUUGGAUCCCAACAGUGUACAGCAUGAUCCCAAAGAAGCCGAUCCAAUGGUCAUCAGAAAGGGUACAUUCUCUUGGGGCGAUGGCGAAGAGACAUUGAAAAAUAUCGAUUUGACGGUGAAGAAAGGCACAUUGUGCGCCGUUGUUGGUACUGUUGGUUCCGGUAAAUCGUCGCUCAUACAAGCAUUGCUCGGUGAGAUGGACAAAUUGUCCGGACGUGUCAAUACAGUCGGCUCCAUUGCCUAUGUGCCGCAACAGGCGUGGAUACAGAAUGCCACACUACGUGAUAAUAUACUAUUCGGCUUGGAAUACGAUCGUAAACGUUAUAAUCGUGUUAUAGAUGCUUGUGCCUUACGUUCCGAUAUCGAUAUGUUGUCGGCUGGUGAUCAAACGGAAAUCGGUGAAAAGGGUAUUAAUUUGUCUGGUGGUCAGAAGCAGCGUAUCUCUUUGGCACGUGCCGUUUACAGUAAUGCCGAUUUGUAUUUACUUGACGAUCCCUUAAGUGCGGUGGACUCACAUGUGGGCAAACAUAUAUUCGAAGAGGUGAUUGGACCAAAUGGUCUGUUGGCGAAAAAGACACGUGUACUAGUCACACAUGGCAUUACGUUCUUGCCACAAACCAAUAAUAUCUAUGUAAUGAAAUUGGGUGAGAUUAGCGAGAGUGGCACGUAUCAAGAGUUGUUGGCGCGUAAGGGUGCUUUUGCUGAAUUCAUUAUACAACAUUUGCAAGAGUCUACGGAAGAGGUUGAGGAUUUGGAUGAGAUUAAACAGCAAUUGGAGGGCACCGUUAAAUCGGAAGAACUUUUGGGCACAUUCGAAAAGGUCAUCUCCUUGGCGCGCACUGAAAGCUUGUCAGAUUCGGUUUCUGUUAAGUCGCUCGAUAGCGGUAAAGGCAGCAUACGGCGUCGCAAAAUGGGUCGUCAAGAUUCUGAAAUUUCAACAAUUUCAACGGUGUCACAAAAGAAGACUGAGAUGGAUGGUGGCAAACUAAUUGAAACCGAAAAAUCAGAAACUGGCGGUGUACAACUGGCUGUUUACAAGCAUUAUAUUAAGAGUGUUGGCAUUUUCCUGUCACUCGCCACACUGUUUUUGAACUUCGUCUAUCAAGCAUUUUCGAUCGGCUCCAAUUUGUGGUUAACACAGUGGUCGAAUGAUAAGCGUGUGGAAAACGACACGGGUCUGCGCGACAUGUACUUGGGUGUUUAUGGUGCUUUCGGUUUCGGUCAAGGCUUGUUCGCUUAUUUCGCCGUCGUACUGCUGUAUUCCGGCACACUCAAGGCGGCCAAGAACAUGCAUAAUGAUCUGCUUAAGUUUAUAAUGCGCGCACCGAUUUGCACUUUCUUCGAUAUCACGCCAAUAGGACGUCUAUUGAAUCAUUUUAGCGGCGAUAUGGAAACAAUCGAUGAAGAAUUACCCGGCACACUGGAUAGUUUCUUUUCAAUCAUUUUUAUGGUCUUGGCCACUAUUGCGGUGAUCAGCAUGUCGACGCCCAUUUUCUUGGCCGUCAUUAUACCCAUAGGAUUCCUGUAUUACUUUGCACAACGCUUCUAUGUGGCCUCGUCACGUCAACUGAUGCGUUUGGAAUCGGUGUCGCGUUCGCCCAUUUACACGCAUUUCAGCGAAACGAUCACCGGUGUGACGACUAUACGCGCUUACACAGUGCAAGAUCGUUUUAUCGAUGAAUCUGACAAUCGUGUGGACAAAAAUCAGGUGUGCAAAUAUCCUUCACUCAUUGCGAAUAGAUGGCUGGCUAUACGUCUGGAAAUGGUCGGUAAUCUAAUUAUUCUCUUCGCAUCACUCUUUGCCGUAUUGGGCGGUCAAUCGAAUCCCGGUCUUGUUGGUCUGUCUGUGAGUUAUGCGCUGCAAGUGACGCAAACACUCAAUUGGUUGGUGCGCAUGACCUCUGACAUUGAGACAAAUAUUGUGGCUGUGGAACGUAUUAAGGAGUAUGGUGAAACCAAACAGGAGGCGCCUUGGGAAUUGGAAAACUCGAAAGUACCACGCGACUGGCCAACGGAAGGCAAGGUGGUGUUCGAGGAUUUCAAAGUGCGUUAUCGUGAAGGUCUGGAAUUGGUUUUGCGUGGCAUUACCGUUUCGAUCAGUGGUGGUGAGAAAGUCGGUAUUGUGGGACGUACGGGUGCUGGUAAAUCCAGUUUAACGCUGUCUCUGUUCAGAAUUAUCGAGGCAGCCGGUGGACGCAUUUCCAUUGAUGGCAUAGAUAUCUCCUCUUUGGGCCUGCAUAUGCUACGCUCGCGUCUAACAAUCAUACCACAAGAUCCAGUGUUGUUCUCCGGUACACUGCGUAUCAAUUUGGAUCCAUUCGAAGUGAAAUCGGACGAUGAACUCUGGAAAGCGUUGGAAUUGUCACAUUUGAAAACUUUCGUUAAAACACUUCCUGCUGGCUUGAAUCAUGAAAUUAGUGAGGGUGGUGAGAAUUUAUCGGUGGGACAGCGACAGUUAGUGUGUCUGGCGCGUGCGCUAUUGCGCAAGACGAAAGUUUUGGUGCUUGAUGAAGCCACAGCCGCUGUAGAUUUGGAAACAGAUGAUUUGAUACAGAAAACUAUUCGUUCGGAAUUCAAAGAAUGCACUGUGCUAACAAUUGCCCACCGUUUGAAUACUAUAAUGGACUCGGAUAAGGUGAUAGUUUUGGACAAGGGCGUAGUAACUGAGUUUGCUUCACCUGCGCAACUACUUGAAAAUCCCAAAUCAGCAUUCUAUAGCAUGGCAAAGGAUGCCAAUCUAGUGUAAUUGUAUUAUUUAGUUAUUACGUUUUUCAUUAUGAAGAAUUUCGUUUAGUUUAUGCGAGUUAAAGUUAACAUUAUUGACUACGUUAUCGUAAGCAAAAAAACACAAACAAAAACUUAAGUGCUAAAAUAAUACAAAAGCGAACAACUAAUAUACAUAUAUACUUGUACAUAUACGUUCACAUCACUCAACGACAACUAAAUAGAUAAAAAUUUGCAGUCCUUACCAUAUUAUUUUUUGCUGUUCUUAAUGUUUGUACUUACACACACAAACCGUCUACCAGUUUCAAAAG